UUUCGUUCACUCAUUCAUGGCAAAAAGUUAAGAGUUUGAGGUACUUUUUUUGUACAUUACACAAUUUUAUAAAUAUUUUCCUUGUAUUUGUUUAACUAUUAUCAAAGUCUGUACGUGGGAACUUGUUUACAUAACAUACACCGGCAAAAUGAGGUUCUAUUUGAUGAAAAAUGCAACUAAGGUGUUUGGCAGUCGUCUCCUGUCCACCAAAACUUUCAAAAAAGUCACACAUUGCAUAUUUGAUAUGGAUGGACUUUUAUUGGACACUGAGCUGGUGUACAAGAAAAUGAUAACGCAGCUGUGUGCCAAGUACGGCCACGAGUACACCGAUGAGCUGAUGAUGAAGGUCCUCGGGGGCACGGAACAGAGGCUGUCCGAGAUCCUGUGCAAGGAGCUCAGCCUGCCCGUGUCUCCUGAGCAGUUCCGGGACCAACUCUUGAAGCUUGGAGACACUAUGCUGGCUAAUACACCACUUUUGGAUGGUGCAGAAAGGCUAAUUAGGCAUCUUCACAAAACCAAAGUCCCAUUUGCACUGGCUACCUCAUCAAGUGAGAGAUCAGUGAAAACAAAAGUAGCCGGAAAUGAGGAACUGUUUGGAUUGUUCCACCAUAUGGUGAUGGGAAGCACAGAUAAAGAAGUGAAGUUUGGGAAACCACAUCCUGAUAUAUUUUUAAUAGCAGCUGCCAGGUUCCCUGAUAAACCUAAGCCAGAACAGUGUCUAGUCUUUGAAGACUCACCGCACGGUGUGACGGCAGCUGUAGCGGCCAAGAUGCAGUCAGUGAUGGUGCCCGACCCUCACCUGGACAAGAGACUCACCACUCACGCCACCAUAGUCCUACCUAGCUUAGCCAAGUUUCAGCCGGAACUCUUUGGUCUGCCAUCUUUUUAAUACACAACCAGUGGAAUAAACUGAAAUUCCUUGUAAGCCCACACUCCACCAAUGCAGGAGAUUAGAUGAGCAGUGAGGAACUUAAUGAGAUGCAAUUACGAAAUUCUAUUGGUUCCUUAAUAACAUCUCUGCACUCAUCUCGUGUCCACACUGGUGUAGUGUUGGGGUAAGAGGGGGAGUAGUAAUGUUCCUUGCUAAAAAUGAUACUACAUUUUUACUGAGUGGCAUAAAACUUUUCAUUUUCUGCAUUGAAGUCUAGGCCACAUUAACCUUUUUAUCAGCACAUUUGUUAACUUGGCUCUCUAAUCUAUGCAUGGUUCCACAAUCAACGAUUCUUGCCUUAACAAGUACUUUGGUCCAAUAUCAUUGCUAUUGCUAAUAGAUUUCUUUCUGUCAUUUUGAUCAUUUCCAGUUGCUAAGUUUAUAAUUAUUACCCAAGAAAAGAUUGAGAGUAGUUGCAACAGGUUUUCGAAAUGAUACUUUAUAGCAUUGUAAGUUAUGAAAUGGGCCCUGAGUUUUCACCUAAAAGAUAUCAUUUUCAAUAAAUGUAAGCAUCUUAGAUGUUUAUGUGUAAUCUUAAAGAGAAACAAUUCCAUGAUUUCCUUAGUAUUAUCAUUAUAGUACAAGUUUUAAUUCUAUUGCAAAGGAUUUUAAUAGUUUUUUUUUA